GACGCCAUUCAAGCAUGCCUGCUAGGGGAAGAUGUUGAGGCUCCUCUCCAGAGUCUUUACGUCGAUACCAAUUGGAGGACAUCGAAAAACUGCCGCUGCGCACCGCAGCUUCUGCUCUGUAGCCUCACUGCCAGGCUCCGUUUAUUCUGGCUUUGCUCCUAAACCCAUAAUGGAGCAUAAACUAUACCGUGCCCCUCCAGAGGUCCGGGGUAUGACCUCUCUGGACAAAGAGGCCUUCACACAGACGAUUACUGUCCCAGCUCUACGGGUACCCACUGGGGUCUUAAACAAGGUGGUAAAGAGCCUGAGGAAGGCGACCAUCCAGCGCCCAGGGGUGCCCAGAGUGGUGCAAGAUAAAGAGGAGACUAGUGACUUUCGUUUAGUCCUGUUGGACCCCCACAGAGUGUCCUCUCCCAGCUCCUUCAGUGAAGCUGAAGCCGAGGCUCUGAGGUCAUUCAGUGUCGCUGAAGAGCUGCAGUACUAUGAGUUGCGACUCACCUAUCACAACCUGAAGAGUGAAGAAGUGCUGGAGGCUGUGCUCCCUCAGGGUCAGGACGUGACCUCUGGGUUCAGCCGGGUGGGACACAUUGCACACAUGAACCUGAGGGACCACCAGCUGCCAUACAAGAACCUCAUAGGUCAAGUCAUCAUGGACAAAAACCCCGGUGUUACCUGUGUGGUCAAUAAGACAAACAUGAUUGACUCCACCUACCGCAACUUCAAGAUGGAGAUGCUAGCUGGAGAGGAGAACAUGGUUGCUAAAGUGAAAGAAAACGGGGUGACGUACGAGUUUGAUUUUUCUCAUGUGUACUGGAAUCCCCGGCUGAGCACCGAGCACCAGCGUGUGGUGCAGCUCGUGAAACGUGGCGACACUGUGUUUGAUGUGUUUGCUGGUGUCGGACCUUUCGCCAUCCCAGCUGCCCGUUCAGGUGCAAAUGUCUUGGCCAACGAUCUCAACCCAGAGUCCCACCGAUGGCUGCAGCACAACUGCAAACUCAACAAGGUGGAGAAGAAAGUCAGAACCUUCAACUUGGACGGCAGAGCGUUCAUCCAGGGGCCCGUGAAACAGGAGCUUCCCGCGCUGCUCAAGGGAAGAGCCGGUGUUCAUGUAGUGAUGAACCUGCCUGCCUUGGCUCUGGACUUCCUGGAUGCAUUCAGAGGCCUAUUGCACCAGGAGCCUUCCUGUGAUGAGAACCUACCCACUGUGCACUGCUACGGCUUCUCUAAAGAUGACCACCCUGAGGCGGAUGUGGCGGAUAGGGCUUCCCACAGCCUCGGGUUCCCCCUGAAGGACCGAUGUUCUGUGCAUUUUGUGCGGAACGUAGCACCCAACAAAGAUAUGAUGUGUGUGAGUUUCACAGUCCCGAAAGAGGUCCUCUUCAGCGGUGAUCAGGAACAGACAGAGCCUUCAGCAGAACCAGCUCCAAAGAGACAAAAGUGUGAAGAAGCUACAGAUUCGACUCAAUCAUGAUAAUGAAUCACUAAUAUAAGGGAACAUUUGAGUCGAGUUGUUUUCUUUUUUUCACAAACUGAGUUCAAGAGGUUUUUGAAAUAGAUGACAUUGCAUCCUUUCAUAAGAAAUCACGACAUCUCUUUGUUCAUACUAGAAUGUAUUAUAACUACUAUUAUUCAAAGCUUGGUCAUGAGUCUUAAGUUGUUUCACUUUUAAGUAAAUAAAAAAAAAAUGAUUGAGCU